AUGGUGGGUCUAACCUCCAUAUUCCCUCUCCAAUCUGAAUUAUUCAACAACAAAAGUGGGGUACAUUUCCCUGCACUAGAGUUCCUGCAUCGGGGGUAUUGUGAUCUAAAGAUAACUAGGGAUUACAUGCAAACUGCCAUCAAUGCCUUCGCUAUCUUCCUACACGGUACAUUGGAUGAUAUAGAACGACUGCCUUCUGAUUAUGUAUUGCGAUCUGCUCGAACCAUAUCUAUGAUGAAGAUCGCACGAGAGAAACUGGCAGCCACGUGGAACGUGGUGAAGGCAGGAAGGGAGACUCGAGAUAUCUCACACCGCACAUUAGAACUGUAUCGACCAUUGUUCAAAUACAUCAACGGACGAGAAAUAGCCAGACUUAACUUGAGUGAUGACAGGAUCUUAACUUAUAUUGGAACCCAUGCUGAACUUGACAGACAUCAGGUUGGCGUGGUGGCGAGUAGAUACAUAGAGCUCAACAAAGACUGGUCCAAACCACAGUAUUUGAAUAUCAUGAACAAUUUGUUGUGCGGAGUUCCAAUGACGUUCAUGAGAAGACUUCCUGUUAGCACAUACUUACAAUUAUCACAUCAGGUAUUUUAUCAUAUUCGAGCGUGCGACCCUUUACAGCGUCGUUUUUAUCUUGCCAUGAUGACAAGAACCAAGGUUCUUGGAAAAUCUUUUAGUUGGACUGCGAGAGACGUAUCUCGAUUGGGCUUACUAUUGACUGAAGUGGCAGGACCUGAACUGAGUGCUAUAAAUCCUGAAGCUAUGGCAGGAAUGACAGCACAGGUAAUGCUGCGAAUGUCCCCGCAUAAUUUACAAUACAUAACUGAAAAUCAAUUACAGUAUCUAACACCGAAACCAUUGAAUAUACUGUCUCGGAAAUUGAAAUCAUACAACGAUCAGCUUCAAUUAUACGAUUCUGCAUCUAAAAGUGCUAGCCGAGUGAGCAAGGAGGACACGCCGGGAGCGCGCCGGGAGGGAGCGGCGGCGUGGGCCCUCCGCGCGCGCCGCAGUCCGCGCGCGGUGCCGCCGCCGGCGAGUUCUGUCUCGAGCACUCCGAGCCUCCGCGAAUAUCGCGCGAACGCUCUCGACUAA